AUGAUGUCCGAAGAUGGGCUCUCAAUUCCCUCCACCGUCAAAGGGUUAGCUCAAGAACUAAGUUCCAGCCCUAACCCUAACCCUAAUACCGAUAAUCAACUCAAGAGGAAGAGGAAUUUACCUGGAACUCCAGGAAAGUAUCCAGAUGCAGAAGUCAUAGCUUUGUCCCCAAAAUCUCUAAUGGCCACAAACCGAUUCGUUUGCGAAAUUUGCAACAAGGGAUUCCAGAGAGACCAGAACUUGCAGCUUCACCGACGCGGCCACAACCUUCCAUGGAAGCUCAAACAAAGAUCAAACAAAGAAGUGAUUCGAAAAAAGGUGUACGUGUGCCCGGAAAGGACAUGCGUGCACCACGAGCCUUCCCGAGCACUCGGAGACCUCACCGGAAUCAAAAAGCACUUCAGCCGAAAGCACGGUGAGAAGAAAUGGAAGUGUGAGAAAUGCUCAAAGAAGUACGCAGUUCAAUCGGAUUGGAAGGCUCAUAGCAAGGUUUGUGGGACUAGAGAGUAUAGAUGUGACUGUGGCACACUUUUUUCCAGGAAGGACAGCUUCAUAACUCAUCGAGCUUUCUGUGAUGCAUUGGCGGCUGAAGAAAGUGCAAGGUUUGGCUCAGCUUCAACUACUAAUAUGAAUCCAAGCUUCAUCAAUGGGUGCAAUAAUAUUACCAACAUUAACCCUCAUCAUCAACCACCAAGAAUCCCUCAUUUUAUACCAAUGUUUCAGCAAGAAUUUUCUGGCUCGGACCCUGCUGCAGCCAACAAUUCUCAUCUCAAUUCCAAUGCUUUUAUGCCGGAAUUGGUGCCGACACCUUCAAUGGACAUGUUUGGAUCGUCAUCGUCAUCGCAGACGCAGUGGCUCAUCAACAACAAUAAGUUCCCGGAAGAGGCAUCGUUUAAUCUCUCCAUGUCAUCUUCGUCGUUGGCUCGGGGACUUAAGGAGGAAUUAGAAGAAUCCAAAGGAAGUUUGUCUGAAACGAUAAGUGCUUCUGCUACCUCUUUCUAUAACAACAACAAUCACCAACACCAACCCAUGUCAGCCACAGCACUUUUGCAAAAAGCAGCUCAAAUGGGAUCUACAAGAAGCAACAACAACAACAAUCCAGCAACAACAUUCAACGACACUGCCUUUGGUUUCAUGAGCACAUCGUCCAAUUCUUCCAACAAUAUGUCAAACCAGCUCAGUUCAUAUGGCCACCACCACAACAAAAAUGAAGUUGAGAGCUUCAAUGAUUUGGUGAAUUCCAUGUCUUCUUCAACUCCAGCAACCACAAUUCGAGACGGAUCGUUGUUCUCUAGCUCCUUCUUGAGCAACAAACACUUGAUGAAUAUGCCUGGAGCAGCCAAUCAGAUAAAACAAAGCCAAAGUGAGCAAAGUAGUCUAACUAGAGAUUUUCUCGGAGUAGGAGGCGAUGCGAUUAGCAGAGUGCCCUUCUUUCAACAAGAGCUAGCCAAGUUAGCUUCAAUGGGUGACUUGAGUCAAUACACUAGUAGUGGUCAUCAAUGA